AUGGGCCAGGGUUUUUACAGCCGUGAUAAUGGAAAGGGUGAGGGGAAACCUUCAGUUGCCCAGACAAGUGCGGCGGCGGUACUCUGUCUUGACAUGUACAAUGAUCGAUUAGUAAAGAAAACUGCCUUAAGAGAACGCUUACAAAGAAUCUUCAUGAUUGAUUCCACGUUAGUCGUUGUCUUACGAAUGCUGCAAAUAUACCGAAAUUAUCCGGUAUCCGGCAUUCUUGCGAUGAAAUUUGCUGAUGUUGGAAUAGCAGGAGGUGAGGAGGGCAACACCGCCAGCUCGAACCCACCUGCCCCUUUUUAUCGUCACCGACAUUACCAUUAA